GUGCGAUUGACUACAAUGAGUUCGUGGCUUGGACACAGGGCGGAAAGAAGACCCUCGCCAAGAAGAAGCAGACAUCCCUGGUGCCCGAUCUGCAAGCCGCGCUGGAAAGAAGCCAAUCAGAGGCUGCAGCCGUGGCAGCAAUCCCCUUUGAUGCUGUUAUGGCUGUUACCUAUACAGGCAGCAAAGACAUCAACAUGCUGAUUCGCGAGAUCAAGCAGUUCGACAAAAGUGGUAGUGUUCUGGAAGCGAUGGGGGUGCGGACACCGCACAACCAGAGAUAUACCAAUGUCGAGGAUGAUAUAAGGCACUUUGAGAAGGUGAAGGAUCCGCAUAAGCUCAACCUCAACUGCUUCGCCGUGGAUUGGUCCUCGAGGAAUGUCGUGACCGCAUCAGCUGACCACACACUGAAGAUGUGGAAUUUUUACGGCAAUGUGCUUCGGACCUAUGCUGGACAUCCAUCGGAGGUCUUGUGCGUUGACGUUGACUGGAAAAAUCAUCGCAUGAUCAGCGGGAGUUUGGGAUCCGACUUGAAGAUGUGGAGACUGGACAGCUCGACUCCCCUGCGUUCCUUCGCUGGAUCAGGACCUGGUGGCAUCGGAUGCCUUGUUGUUAAUUGGAAGAUGCACAGGGCAGCUUGUGGCUGUGGCAAGCUGAUCGAACUGUGGGACAUAUCUUCCAAAAGCAACAGCGCCGAACAUCCGGCACAGCAGCUGGCUACAUUCGCGGCGCACUCUGCUCCAGUACUUUCGCUUCAAGUCGAUUGGGCAGAGCAGAUCAUGGUCUCUGCUUCUGCGGAUAAAACUUUGCGGAGGUGGAAUCUCCGAGAUGCGGUACUUCUGGAGACUUUUCCAGUUGGAGAUGCACAAAUCAGGUGCCUCUCAAGCCCGUCCAGUCCAGCCGUUUCAGUGCUGGCGGGGGACGAGAAAGGCCAGAUUCAGGUUUGGGACACCAAGUCCGGAAAUGUUGAAAUGAAGAUGUCUGGCCACACCGACGGCGUGCUCUGCAUUUCCCAGGCGCAAGCAG